CUGACUGUCACUGGCUCACAUCUGCUGAUGUGAAGCAGGCCCGUGUUUCUGCGGGGUUGUCCCACAUUCAUUCAACAACUACGCUCUGUUUCAUACGAGAGGUGAAAUAGGGCGGCUGUUUGUCUGUUUUAUUACCUGGCAGUCAAACACUUCCUUGGUUUCAACCUGCGCGGCUCCUCUCAGAUCCGCGCCGUGUCUUCCUCCAUGCCUUGCAGCGUAAAGCCCCGCACGUUCCCUUCCCUCCCCCUCCCCUUAGCAACAGAGGCAACAUGGCGGCGUCCAGUAACGCGGAGCAUUCUCCAGAGAUAUCGACGCCGUUAAAGAUACCGAAAACCGAGGUGCCAUCCCCCGAGUCGGAGGAUUUGAGUGACAGUAAUCAAUACCACUCCAAUUCCUCGACCCCUAACCGCUUCUCGCCUUUGAACGUGGGCUCAGGGACCGCGGGCCGGACGGCGGCCUCUUCCUCCAACAGCUUCACGGCUUGUCGGGGGAUGUCGUGGACGCCGUCCGAGACGAACGCCCUCAUCGCGGUGUGGGGCAACGAGAGGCUGACCGAGGCGAGGAUGCAGCAGCUGGAGGUCGCGGGCACCGUGUUCUCCGGCAAGGCCCCCGGUCCUGCCAUGUACGAGCGGGUGUCUCGAGCCUUGUCGGAGCUUGGAUACGAGAGGACACCGUCACAGUGCAGAGAGAGGAUGAAGACGCUGCGUCGCUGCUACAGCCGUGUGAAGGAGCACGGCAUCGGCAAGAGGAAGAGCAGCUACACCAUAGAGCAGCUGGAGAAGGUGUUCGGUCAGGGAGGCUGGGACUCCCAGAGCUGUGCCCCAGUGCUGAUCAACAGCAGUGGGCUGUAUCAGGAGAUGGAGUCCGAUGGCAGCACCCUGGAAGACUUCUCCCAGGAGGAUUGGUGCAACCAGGUGCUGGACUCUGCCUUCCAGGAGGGAGACAUGGAGACUGACGAAAUCCAGAUGCCUAAAAACAGAGCUUUGCAGAUUCAGGCAGAGCUGUCAGAACAAACCCAGAAAAGGGAUAUGAUGCAGACUGUGAUGCGCAUCCUCGAGUCAGUGCAGCUGAAGUGGGAGCCCUUCCAGACGUGGACUGAGUUCUCCCGGCUGCACCUUUCCAACAAACUGGCCAUCUUUGGUGUGGGCUACAACACGCGCUGGCGUGAGGAUGUGCGCUACCACUACGCUGAAAUCAGCUCACAGGUGCCGCUAGGCAAGAGGCUCCGCGAAUACUUCAACCCCGAGAAGCCAGAGGGCCGCAUCAUCAUGACCAAAGUUCAAAAGAUGAACUGGAAGAAUGUCUACUACAAGUUUCUGGACAUUACCAUCAGUGAGGCGCGAUGCCUGGAGCUGCACAUGGAGGUGGACUGGAUCCCUGUAUCUCAGUCCAGGGUCGCAGGCUGUAGCAAAGGCACAUCCCACUACCUCCUUCCUGGGGACAUCCCCAAGUCCUAUGGACUCUAUGCUAUUGGCUACGAGGAAUUGUCUUCCUCUAACAAGACCGCUCAGACCUCUUCCCAAGGUAAUAGUGAAGACCAUAGCUUACCUCAGUGCGAGUCAGAGAACGGGGCACAGUCUGAUGGAGAGGGUGCAGGGAAAAGUGACAGGACUGGUAUUAAAGUCACUUACUGCUACCUAGGCAUAGCUGAGGAUAGAACCAUCCAGCAGUGUCUUUUCCAGCACUUUCAGGGUUCUGGCAAACACUAUGUCCAUGGUGAACCCUCCGCUGUGACGCGUUUACUGCAGGAGAACUGCCACGCUGCCGUCACAAGCCAGGAUGAAGAUGGAGGUGAAGGGUCACCUCAAUGUUUUGCCAUUUACAUAAAAUUCAUUGAGGUGGAGCUGGACUUCCUCUCAGCAGGCUCCCUGGUGGAGUGCCUCGAAACUGCUGUUGGUUAUUCCUUGAAAUACAACAACAAAGAAACAUUGUAACUCCUCUCAGUGUUUCAGAGUUGACUAAAGAUAUAAUUAACACGUGUUACAGCCAUUAAGGCAACAUGAAAGGUGACCAAUUGUUUCUGUUAUAAAGCAUGGAUGUGUGCAAGAGUCUGGCAUAUUUUUGCAGCCUUUUCAGCUCUGUGUAACUCAUUUUCAUGAGACCAUAAUUAAGUCCAAGAGAAUGACUAUGCACAAUAUAACAAAUGUAUUGUGUAGAAAUACGGGCUUAAAUAUUACAGAGCUGCAACAUCCAAAAAGUAUGUACUUAUUAUUUUAGGCUAUUGUGCACUAAAGGUUUCUGCUGCUUGUUUAGUGUAGAUAAAUAUUGCCUCAUCAGGAAGUGUGGGGAUGGCAAGGUGACUACUGCAGUAUGCAUCUGUCUACCUCAGUAGGAUGUAGCAAACAAGGCAGCGAGGGGACCAUAGCUUGUAUUUAUUCUAAAACUGCCUUUACUUUGACUGUUGAGGUCUGGACCUGAAUUCACAACGGCUGAUUCAUGCCUUAUGUUUUGCACUUGUGACUGGGCUGCAGCUGGGGAUGCUUGCAUUUGCUUGGAUGCAAAUGACGGAGAAAAUCGAAGAAUUAGUUUUUUGCCAAUGCUGUGCAGAUGGUUUUGCCAAUGUAGAUACCUUUUUAUCCAGCAACGUGAAUGCUGGGUGCACUUUAAAACCCAACUGUCCGGCUGGAUACGCUUACCUCUCCGUUUCACUUUCAGCACACAAAAUGACACAUGACGCUGAUGGUAACUAAUGAACAAAGGCCUACCAGUAGUGUCUUUGAAAGGCUUAUAAGCCGUAAAAAAGAUGACACUAAAGUUUAUCAGAGCGUCUCUACCACCUGAGAUUCACUUCUGCAUGUACUUGAUUUAACUGGGGUUCCUUCCCUGGCACGAUCAGAUGGUUUGCAUUUUUUAAAGCUAUAUUGGUCAUCUGUGUAGCUGCGCAAUAAACCAUGCUGCUGUUGUCUCUGGAACAUCGUAAUUAAAACAUGUCGCAGACAUCAUUUAAUUUUUUGCUAAAAUAUAUGACAUACUACCAGAUCAGUAUUGACAUAACUGAAAUGAUACAUUAUUCCAAUGUGUGCCGGCGUUCAAGCAUCUCUAGCUGCAGCUGUUGGGUUGUGGGUUUCAGUGGACUGACACUACAGAAGCUGUGUUGAUGAGUUACCAGAACCUCACACAUUACUGACAUGUUUAAUGUGGUCUUACAGUUUAACACACAUUCAGGCCUGUGAUUGUGAUACCAUACUCGCUUACAGGGGUGAACCAGGUCCAAGAGCGCUGAGCUAAGACUUGCAGAAAGACUGUAAGCUGCAGAGGUUAACUCAUCCUUGAUCAACAAUCAGACUGAAUUCUUUAUAAACAUGGUUCCUGAGGUUAUGUGCAAUGUGCCAGGAAAAGGACUGUGUCGAGAAGAAUCAAUCAAUGGAUGAGUCCAUAUUGAAUCUAUGUAUAUGAAAUCUACCUUAUAUAUAUAUAUCUAUAAUAUAUAUUUAAGAAUAUCAAUGUUCUUGAGCAUUCCGGCUUUUGCAGACUUGCAAUUUUCAUUUGUUUGGGUAUACAGUAUAUAAAGAUAAAUAUGAUAUUUUCUAUUUUAUUGGUUGACACCAUGUCUUGUAUGUGAUUGUUUGGAAGUCACCGUCUUGUAUGUUUACAUGUUUGAAAAACAAUAAAUGGAGCACUCACUGUCAUUUGCCACACA